AUUAGUGUUCUGUGAUUUUCUUAUCUAUUAUUAACAUUAUUAAAAGAAAUUUAUAUCUAUUUUUACUGCUGUAGCUAAAGAAAAAUUUGAAAGGGGUUAAAGUAGCAGGCAGUCAUUUGCAUAAUACAAGGACUUAUAAGAUUACUGGGAUAUCGACAGAGCCACUGAACAAAUUAAUGUUUACUCUUGAUGAUAAGAUGACACAGAUUUCAGUUGCUGCUUACUUUCAAGACAAGUACAAAAUCAAACUCAGAUAUGUGACAUGGCCUGCUUUGCAAGCAGGAAAUGCAGCAAAGCCUAUUUACUUACCCAUGGAGGUUUGUACAAUUGUUGAGGGGCAAAGAUACUCUAAGAAACUCAAUGAAAGGCAAGUAACCAAUCUAUUGAGGGCAACCUGUCAAAGACCAAACGACAGGGAAGAAAACAUUUGGUGAAUUGUUAAGCAUAACAAAUACAGUGAUCAGGAACUUGUCCAGGAUUUUGGAAUUAGUGUUGCAAACAAUUUGACAAUGGUUGAUGCUCGAGUUUUGCCUCCACCAGUGCUUUUAUACAGAGAUACUGGGAGGGAGGCUGCUGAGCAUCCUCGAUUUGGGCAAUGGAAUAUGUCCAAUAAAAAAAUGAUCAAUGGAAGCCAAGUUGAGUUUUGGACAUGUGUGAACUUCUCGCGUAUCAAUUUAGAUAUUCAUGAUUGCUUUUGUUCAGAAUUGGUCAGUACUUGCCUCAAUAGGGAAAUGGCCUUCCAAACUAGACUAGUAAUUCCUGCAGCGCUUGGCCAGCUAACCAAAUUGAGAGGGCUUUGAGAUCUGUUCAUGAGCAAUGCAAGAAGAUACUUGGCAACAAACAACUACAGUUGUUAAUAGUUAUCUUGCCUGAUUCUGGUGGUUCAUAUGGGAUGAUUAAACGAAUUUGUGAAACUGAGCUUGGAAUUGUUUCACAAUGCUGUGAGCCUAAACGGGCAGUGGAGCUCAACAGACAGUAUUUGGAGAAUCUAUCCCUGAAGAUUAAUAACAAGGUUGGCGGCUGGAAUACAGUGUUAAGUGAUGUUAUCCAUAGGAAAAUUCCUUUUGUGUCUGAUUUGCCUACAAUAAUCUUUGGUGCUGAUGUAACACAUCCACAACCCGGAGAGGAUUCUGGCCCUUCAAUAGCAGUCGUAACCAUGUGUAAGGAGGAAUGAUAAGGGAACAUUUAAUUGCUUUCAGAAGAUCUACUGGAGCCAAACCUCACCGGAUUAUAUUCUACAGAGAUGGUGUUAUUGACGGACAGUUCAAUCAAGUGAUGUUUCACGAGGUAGAUGCUAUAAGAAAGGCACUGUUGUCAAUACCCAAAUCUGCCACCCAACUGAGUUUGACUUCUACCUUAACAGUCAUGCUGGAAUUCAGGGAACCAGUCGGCCUACUCACUACCAUGUCUUGUUUGAUGAGAACAAUUUCCUUGCUGAUGCCGGUACCUUUCCAUUUACAUGGUCCUCAUGGUGUUUUGCGGCAUCUGAAAUACCUCAUUGAGACAAAAGGAUCAGCAGUGGUCUGUGUUGCUAAGGGAGCAGGGCAGAUUCUGUCAUGAAUGAAAUGGUAUGGAGCUCUUUUGUUGUAGCUUCUAUUUUGAGUAUCAAAAGGGUAACAUAGAAGCUGCACUUCAGAUUGUAAAUUACAAGAUACUCUAUCUAGGGCUGUUGAAUCACUACCAGAGUUUUGGAGUUCAGCCAUUAGAAUAAUUGAAACUGUGAAGCUAUAUGAAACAGUUGGAAUGGGAAAUGGAGAGAACGAGCCAAAGCAAGAGUGAUAGUUGGAGGAUGUUAUAGUAGACAAUAUUCUCUAAGUUUCUUGUUAUAGUAAUUUUUCAAUAUGUUGAAUAUUUAAGAAUACUUAAAGAACAUUUUGUUGUUGAUGAUAGUGUUGAAUAUUUUAAACUAAUUUGUGGAUUGUUAAUACAAUGUUGAAUGUUUUUAC